AUGCUACUGGCGGUCGGCGCGGGAAUCUGGGGAGUUUCGCGGUUCCUAGCGCGUGGCGGGAUCGGCAGUAGCGGGGAUAGUGACGAGGAAGAGGAGGGUGCGGGUAGCAAGAGUUCGUCGUUUAGUGCGGGUGACGACAAGGAGAAGCAGCGCAAGUGGCGGCAGCAGUCGAUGGCGAAAGUGAAGGAGUUGGCGCAGCAGCUGCGGUCAUUCAGGACCGUCGAUCUCAGCGGCAAGAGUCUGGGCGACGAGGGGUUCAAAUACCUCGCAGAAUCUCUCGCCUUCAACAAUAGUGUUGAAAGCGUUGAUUUCUCCAACAACGGGAUUGGCCCAGAGGGAGUCAAGGCCCUGACGGAAGCUCUGGCCACGAAUGCGUAUCUCAAGACGCUCAACCUUUCGGGGAACACCAUUGGGGACGAGGGCGCUAAAGUCCUCGCGGGGAUCAUGGAGCAGAACCGCGGCGUGCAGACGCUGCAGCUGAGCAGCAACGGGAUCGGCGACGAGGGCAUGCGUGCACUAGCGGAGAUGGUGAAGAAGAACGAAGCGAUUGUGUGUCUGGAAAUGAACAACAAUGGCAUCGAGUACGAGGGCUGUGCUGCUCUCGCUGAUGCUCUCACCAGCACCAAGUCCCUGCGCUCGCUGCACCUCAAUGGCAACUACGCAGGCACGCUGGGUGCGUCUGCCUUGGCCAAGGGCCUUCAGGAGAACAAGUCACUCAGGGAGCUGCAUUUCAACGGCAACGGGGUGGGAGAUGAGGGCGCGCGAGUGUUGGCAUCAGGCCUGCUGGCGCACAAGGGAAAGCUGGUGACCAUCGACCUCAGCAACAACAGCAUGGGCUCCAAGGGGGCGGCUCAUAUUGCUGAAGUGAUUAAAAAAAGUCGCAGCCUGCAGUGGCUGAACCUCUAUAUGAACGACUUUGGAGACAAGGGAGCGGAGAGAAUAGCGGAUGCUCUCAAGAGGAACAAGUCGAUUGCCACGAUUGACUUGGGAGGCAACAACAUCCAUGCGGAGGGCAUUGCGGCCAUCUGUGACGCACUGAAAGAAAACUCCACCAUCACCACUCUGGAGCUGGGAUACAACCCCAUCGGCCCAGAGGGCGCCAAGGCUCUGGCAGACACGGUGAAGUUCCAUGGGAACGUGGAGACACUGCGACUGGGGUGGUGCAAGAUCGGAGUGAAGGGAGCGGAAUACAUGGCUGACGCGCUCAAAUACAACAGCACCAUCAACACUCUUGACCUCAGGGCCAACGCGCUGGGGGAUGAGGGCGCGGCCAUCCUGGCUUUAAGUCUCCGCGUGGUGAACGAGCAGCUCUCCUCGUUGGACCUGGGCUUUAACGAGAUCCGCGACCGCGGGGCCUACGCCCUGGCAGAGGCGCUCAAGGCGAAUGGGGAGGCGGCAGUCGAGACUCUCAACCUUUCGAGCAACUACAUCACCAAAUACGGCCAGGCCAAGGACCUGGUGAGCGAGAUGAAUGACGGCAAGGAGGUUGCUCUGAGCGAGGCCAAGGACCUGGUGAGUGAGAUGAAUGGCGGCAAGGAGGUUUCUCUGAGCGAGGCCAAGGACCUGGUGGUUGCACUGAGCGAGGCCAAGGACCUGGUGGUUGCACUGAGCAAGGCCAAGGACCUGGUGGUGAGUGAGCAAGGCGGGCAGUUUUUACCAGUGGCUCCGUCUCUCCUUCCCAUUCCCCUCUGGGUAUGCUUUGUCCUGUCCUGUCCGUAUGUCCCCCAGGUUGCUUUGAGCGAGGCCAAGGACCUGGUGAGUGAGAUGAAUGACGGCAAGGAGGUCAACAUCUACUGGUAA